GGAAGUUCGAUGAUCCAUGGAAGGGAACGGUAGUUACUUCCGUAGUCGGCACAUUCCUCACACAAAAUGUUACUGACCAGAUGUCAAGGUAAAGUAAAAGGAACCAGAGCUAUCCAUCUCAGAUUCUAAUGUAGUUUUGGCUUGGAAUUGUUUGGACAGUCCUGUAACCAUGCAUCUCCCUGAAUCUGCAGCAACGCUUUCAUGAACCUGGCGGCGAAGUUCUCGUUGUCAAAGAACAGAAGCAAUGUCGUCGAGCGAAGCACAACUGUACCUUUGGCAAUAACAGAUGGCCGUGAUUUAGGAGAGCCUGAACCUGGCGAUGCCGGCUGUGAUGAUGAACUCGGUAUACGUAACAGCCGCGAUCAGGGCAUCGAGGAGCUCAUCGCAUCGCUUAGGACAGGAGAGGUAUCGAACUGGGGCAAGGAGCGCAUCAGGAAGGUGUUGCGCGACAGGUUCGAGCACUCGACGGCUGCCAAAAUUUACAAUGACAUUGCUUCUGUCGGAGAUACAUCUCACUGGAAUUCUCUGCUGAAAGAAGCCUACGCCAAUGGGUACCGGAAGGAAGAUACUGUCGAAACGGUCGAUUGGGAGGCUCUACUGCAUGCACCGUUUGCUGAAAUUGCAGGGUGCAUCAGGGACCGCGGCAAUCAAUCCCAGAUGGCAUUGAGAAUACUGGCUUUUCUAAUUCGUAUCAAGAGAGACCAUGGAAGCAUUGAUCUGGAGUGGCUUAGAUACGUCCCCCGUGCAAAGGCAAAGAGGUACCUACGGAGUAUAAAUGGUCUUGGAGCAAAAAGUGUUGACUGUAUCCGUCUCUUGUCGCUGAGACACAGAGCCUUCCCGGUUGAUACAAAUGUAGCUCGCAUAGUGACAAGGCUAGGAUGGGUCGAACUUCAACCUUUAGCUGAUUCUCAAGAGUUCCAUUUGGUGAACACAUAUCCUGUCAUGUCUGACAUUCAAAAGUAUCUUGAGCCCUUAUUGUGCAAGAUUCCUGCAGAAGAAGUGUAUGAACUACAUUGUCAACAGAUAACAUUUGGAAAGUCAAUAUGCACCAAACGACGACCAAAUUGUGGUGCCUGUCCAUUUACUACAGAAUGCAAGUACUUCCAGAGUCAAGUUUCAAGAGCCAUGCAUGCACUCCCAGAGUAUAGUCAGCAGCAUGAAAGAGAGCAAACAAACAUGGACGAAAGCAGAAGAUAUACUCUAGUUGCUAGACCAAAUCCUGAACAGAUGCAUCAGUACCAAAUUGAAAUGGGAAAAGAUACAGAAAUGCAUUGCAAUGAGCCUAUUAUCGAGAUGCCACCAACUCCACCAUAUGAAGAUCCAGGAGCACAAAGUGACGAAGAAAUUUUUGAAAGAUUAAGUGACGAAGAAUUUGAACAACAGUUUCAUGACGAUGAUAUAGAAGAUAUUGGUUAUGAUGAUGUGAUAGAUCUUCGACCAAUUAAACCAACAGUGAAUGCAGCGAUAAGUUCAGCACAUGGAAAGGAGAUUGUUCCAAUCCAACCACAAGCCAGCCCAACUCCAAUGAUUAAGAGAUACCGUCUACGAACAGAGUGUACCGCUUACGAGAUCCCAGAUGGGCAUGAAAUUUUGGACAAGUUUGACCCGAGGGUUCCUGGUGAUUGCAAUGUAUACCUCUUAAUAAUUCGUAGUCGUUUGGAUGAACGUACUGUGACCGCUACAAUUCUGAUACCUUGCCGGACGGCAAAUAGAGGAGUAUUCCCAUUGGAUGGUACAUACUAUCAACAUAAUGAGGUUUUCGCAGAUCAUUUGUCUAGCCGUUCACCUAUAGAAAUAAAAACAAGUAUUUGGGCUUUUAAGCAGUGUACCGUGUAUUUUGGUACCUCAAUACACUCCGUCACAAGAGGUAUCUUGUGAUCAUACUUAGAUAUGAAUGUGCCGAACUGUCCCAACAAAAAGCACUACUCACAUUGCAUCAUUUUGUUCAGGUCAAACCCUACAAGGAAUUCAACAUUUCUACUAUGAAGGGUACAUAUGUAAUAGAGAAUUUGACCGCCGAACCAGGCGCCCAAAAGUAUUAUCUCCUCAAAUACACGCCACCAAUGUAAAAGGGAGCGGCAGGAAGAGGUCCAAGACUAAAUUCAAGCCUGCGUCCGGAGGAAGGUAAUGACAAAGAUGGAGCUCAAUCCAGUUAAAAUGCUGCCACCGGGAUGACUGUGCCACUGGAGAACCGAGCAAGUAGGAAUAUUAGCUGAUUUUUAUUUAAAUUUAGGACUUGUAAUCCAAGAUGGCAUGAUUGCAAUUGCAAAUGUUCCAAUGGAAUUGCAUCUUUUCCUAGCUAGGAGCUAUAAAAUCUUAAAAAAAAAAUCUGAAAUGGAAUUAUGCACGCACAACUCA